AGAACCUCGCCCAGGUUUUCUGAAAGUCGUCCCAUUACACCUCGUCAUCCAUGUACCUUGGAGUUCUUUGACAUGGCGCACUCCUGAUGACGUUCGUGUGUGUACUCGCGGUCUCGCUACUAUCGCGAAACAGAUAGAUCAAAUGCCCUUUAGUAAAAACAGCUGGUUCACACCAGACAAUAUUUUUACGUCAUUGGAUAAAAACGAUAAAAUUUAAUCGUUGGUGGCAGCAACUUGGUGUUUUCUGCGGAUUGAGAAAUUUGUGACGAGUGCUUUAACAUACGAUAUCAUGAUGAAUAUGUGGAAAGUGCGGGAAUUAAUGGACAAGGCAACCAAUGUUGUUAUGAACUAUACCGAAACUGAGGCCAAAGUCAGGGAAGCUACAAACGACGAUGCCUGGGGACCUACAGGGGCCAUGAUGCAAGAAUUAGCUCAGUCAACGUUUACAUACGAGCAAUUUCCUGAAGUAAUGUCGAUGCUAUGGAAGCGAAUGUUGCAAGAGAACAAGCGAAACUGGCGUCGUACUUACAAGUCUCUUCUCCUGUUGAAUUAUCUGGUUCGCAAUGGUUCGGAGCGAGUCGUGACGUCGUCCCGAGAGCAUAUUUACGAUCUUCGCUCCCUUGAGAAUUACACGUACGUGGAUGAGUUUGGGAAAGAUCAGGGUAUAAAUGUGAGGCACAAAGUACGCGAGCUCAUAGACUUCAUACAAGACGAUGACAAGCUUCGUGAUGAAAGGAAAAAAGCGAAAAAGAACAAGGACAAGUAUGUUGGAAUGUCAAGCGAAGCGAUGGGUAUGAAUUUCGGCGGAGGUGAUCGGUGGACCGAUAAUCCAAAAUGGAAUAAACCAAGUAUAGAAAGUUAUAACGAUUGGGAAAGAGAGAGUCGAGGUAGCAGAGGUUUCGAAGAUGGAAACAACAGUGAUGAUGGUGAAAGGGAAGAUUCCGAUAAUGAUAAUCCUUCGAGUCCAAAGAAAAACGAUCGAGAGUUUCGUGACAAGCUCGAUACCUUGGAUAAAAUAAGAAGGUUUGAAAUGCAACGAAAGUCAGCCCAGACCUCACCUUCGCGACAACCGCGUCCUGUAAAAAAAGUUGAUCUGGGAGCAGCUGCUAAUUAUGGAAAAGAUCAACCGAGUACCAAAAAUCAAUCAAGCCCGAAAAAUAAUACCGUUUCAUCGAGUAACCAAAUGAAGAACAAAGAAGAGAUCUUGAAUGACAUAUUCGAUUCACAAAACGAAAAUAGCGAAAAGAAACCAAACGUCGAGAAUAACGACGAGGAUGAUGAUUUUAAUCCGCGUGAAAACGCUUACGUUCCAAUUCAAGCACAGAGUCAGAAUUCAAAUUUUGGCGAUUUUAGCAGUGCCUUCGGCGUUACAAAUACAUGCACGAACAAAUCUACGAAAACUGCGGAUAGUAUUGACGAAUUUGCUGAUUUCACGUCGGCUUUCAAUUCAGGAGCAAAAAUAACGAACGAAAAUUGGUCAGGAACGCCUCAAACACAAAUUUCUUUAAUGGGAUCGACGAUACCAAACAUUGGAAAUCCAUUAGCCAACAAACCAAGCAAUAAUACCUCACUUAUCAAUCCUUCACAAUCACCAAGUAUGACGACAGCCGCGAGUAGUUCUACCACUGAUCUUUUAUCAACGAAUCUUACGAUGGGAACCAAUUUACUCAACACCAUGCAAUCUCCCCAAAGCCAAAACAAUCAAAAUGUCUUGAGAAACAAUGCUAAUAACAAUUCAGCAUCUAUGGGCACGGAUCUAUUGGCGGAUUUCGAUGGUUUCAAUUCUCAAAUCGUCGGUUCAUCAAACAACGCAAACUUACCAAACACCAAUGUCUAUAGUCAAGGGAGCGUUUACAAUCUUACGUCAACAUUGGAUACGAGUUCAGUGUUUCAAGCGGAUUCGGCGAGCAACUUUCUCUCGCCCAUACCGGUUAAUGCAAGUAUGGCGUCGAACGAUUCAACGAUAACACCAAUCGGCUCAACAUGGGCAGGCGCAGGAUUGAAUAUCGAUCUCAAUAAUCUUAUGGGCGGGAAGUUGAAACCAUCCGGUCCGGCACCAACGAUGAAUCAAUUAGCCAGCAAUAGUCCACAGCAUCAAGCCAAACCUUUGGGUGGUACGUCGAUGAGAUUUGGGGGAUCGUCGAUGCAAUCGCCUCCUCCAGCAAGCCCGACAUUCUUCCCUGCAUUUCAAUGAGUAUGUGCAACACUCUUGCAAAAGUCGGUGCACCCAUAAAAGGUAGAUCGACUCUGAAAAGUCGAAACGAAAGGCCCAAACAUAAAAUAAUAGAUUGACGUCUGCGAGAAAGAGGAAAAACGAAGAAGUAGAAGAAUAACAAAUGUUGACAAUACGUGCUUCCUUUAAAACACGAAUUUAAUAAUGCACGAUAAAUAAUGCAUAAAUAUUUGCAUAACAUUUAUGUAAAAAUGGAAAUGGAUUUAACGAAAAACAUUUGAGAAUGAAACGAUAUAGUUAAAUGAACUAUAGAGUUGGAAUUUAGAGAAAAAUAGAUUGAGAAAAAUAAAAGAGACAAAAGUUCUGAGUUAUUGUAACAAGAAGGAUGACUGUCGUGGCACAAAAGACGAGGCGAAGUUUAGCGCAAUACGAGGAGUGGGUGCACUGAAAGAUCGAUUGUUUUUAUACGAGAAAACAAAUGUUUGAAUCAUCACGAAGAUAACAUGAGAGCUAUCGUGGUUAUAUAAUAGCAACGGAGAACCUCUUUUUUCAAUAAACAAGCAGACAAAAUGAGACAAAUUAUAUGUAAUCCGUUUGGGAGAAAUGGAUUGGGCGAACAAGUCGCCUUGUUAGUAAAAGUACGCCCGAUCCAAAUCCCACUAGUAGUCAAACGGUUCACCGACUUUUGUAAAUCAAUUAAUAACAGAAAACAAUAAAUAAUAAGGGGAGAUUGAAGGCGUGAAAAAUAUGUAUCGGACGCGAGAAAUGAAACGAAGUUGAAAUCGCUAGCUUGUAUACUCCACUUUCUUUGAGUGAGAGAUGGGGAGAAGUGCAUAUCCUUUCGAGAUCGAAAAAAAAGAAACAAGUAUAAAAGAUUAAAGCAACCACUUAAUUACAAAGAUAAUUAUUAGCCACGAAGUAUACUAACUGAUUAGGUUCUCAUAAUAGUUAUCAUUAUUAUUACCAUAGUUUGUAAGACGAAGGCAGGUUCAUUAGUGUUUAACUUUUCGAUAAAAAAGAAACGAAACAAAACAACUUUGUUGGGAGGUUGUUGAAUUCUUUGUAUGGAAAAUAAAACAGGCAAAAGAAGUGACGAGGAAAAAUGAAACUGGCGAUAAAGCAAUAAAGCCUCUCCACAGCAGCCGCAAGGAGAAAAGUCUUGAUCUUAAGAUAUAUUAAAAUGUAUUUUCUUGACUCUUCUCAACUGUAUUACGGUCAAAGAGCAGCUGAGGUAUAUAUAUAUAUAUCUACAUAUAUACAUAUAUAUACACACAUGAAUAAGCAACGGUGGAGUCAUAGAUUUAUAGAGUUAUGAACUUUGAGGAAUUAUUUUGUUUUAUCAUGUUAUCGAAAUCUAAGCUCCCGAAAAGAGAGAGAGCAUGAGAGCUAAAUAGCAUUUUUUGGCUUCGCGAUGAACGAACGGAAAAUAAAAAGGAAUAUUGUAGAAGAAUCGCUCAUUCCGUAUUCAUGACGAUGGUUGUACUGGUUCAGAAUGUAAACAUUUAUUUUAGACAACUGCGAUAGGUAAUUGAAACAUAUCCAAACAUUCGGUUUAUGGAAAAUAUGUUGUCCUGUGUUGAAAUUAUUUUUGAGAGUAGUGCCAAUUUCAAAAUUUGUGAUUCCAAGUUGUUCCAUUUCGAGCCAAUUAAAUCGUACCUUUUUGCGCGUUUUUCUGAUCAAACGUAGUUUGAUCCGUUUACUUCUUAUUAUUGUGCUCAUUGCUACAAAAAUACUUUCGCCAGUAAUUUUUUUUCAUCCUGCUCUCCGCAUACUCUUUUCUAUAAUGCAACAUUCUUUCAAGACUUUCCAUAACAGUUACCAGCCGCAUAAAACCGAAUCAAAAAUAAAUUUAUGCGGUAUCUCAAUAGUGUAACUCGCAUUUCAAUUCAGUCUACAUCAAAGUGCUUCAUUCACGAAUGGAGCGUUGUUUUUGUUGGCAGCUUUUUUGCACGAAUUUUCGAUUUUUAUUGUUCCCAUAGACGAAGCAUUUUUUCUAAUUUUCCGGUUCAGAGUUGGGAUAAUUUUGUCAGAGACUGAAAUUCCUGAUAUUUUGGAUAUUCCUCCUUUUUCUUUGUCUGUUGCGCAUUUAUUGGAGAGUGAAUAUAUAUAUAUAUAUAUAAAUAUAUAUAUUCCGUAUGAGUGUGAUUUACGUGAUAUUGAACAUUGAAUAUCCCGCUGUAAAUACAAUGUGGAAAGUAAAUAUGUAAAAAAAGAAAGAAUGCGAAAAGAACGUAGAAUCGAGGAAUACAUGUGAAAAAUCAAUGGGGCAAAAUUAAAGUUGCGAUCGAGCAUAAAUCGAUGAUUUAUAUCCCUGUUCCGAGGAUUGAAAGAAAAAUUACGAUCCUUACCAAUAUGUAUUUUUAUUUUUUUUUUAUCAUUAUUAAUUUGUCACACUCGGACAAAAGUCUACCAUGUUUUGACUCCAACGUGGAGCUAUUGUUACGUUCAAAUGAGUGGAAAAACAAAAAAUGAUAUUCGUACGUAUUUUGCAACUUUCCUACAAUUUUCAGUAAAAUCUUACUGAAAAAUUGACUCAUCACAUCGUUUCCAGUUCCAUCAAAUUAUGAUUUCAAAUUAAACGUGUGCACGUGUUUGUGAAAACAACAAAAAAGUUAUGGAAAAAGCAUACGAAUAACUUGCAAUGUGAUUAACAAUCAUUAUUGUUUCGACGAAUAAUCUUAUUGCACGAACAUUAUAGCCAAUGAUUCGGAACUCAGUAGCUUCAGCGAAAAUAAUGUAUUUUCAUGAGUUUAUUAUUAUAAUCUAGCAAAAAUUAUACGGUUAAUUCGAGUAUUUAUAAAUAUGUUGCGGUCUUUAUAAUUUUAUCUUUAUUAAAUGCUCAUUGGUGCUGGUAUGAA